GACCUGAGCCCUGGGUAGCAGAGAACCAGACACUGUCCCGGCCGAGGCGAAGGCACCGGAGUGGAGGGGACGUGGGCUCCCCUGCCGUGCUCAUCAGACCCUGCCUGGUGCUGAUCCGGAGUGCCGUGGGUGGUGGCACCGUGGGCCGCUCACCGCUCAGGGGACGCGGGCCCCGCACUGCCCACAUCCCUCCCGCGUCGGUCAGCCUGAGCUCUGACACACCGUGCACGCAGGAUCUUGGGCACGCACACGCGCCCGGCGUGACUUUGAAGCCUCCACAUCUGGGACUGAAACCACAGCCGACUACCUGGGAGUCCAACGACGUGACCACAACACCGUCUGCGGGCCCCAAGCAGAGCUCUUAUUCAGACACAGCCUUCUGGACCCCGCGGCCCACACCAGGUGCAGGGGCAAAGCAGUCAGUCGCUAGGAGAGGAGGAACGCGAUGACCACCAGGAUGGAGGUGAGCCCUGCAGCGGAGAAGAGGAAGAGCCCCCAAGACAUGCAGGAGGAGGGGCCACGCAUUCCCAGGAGAGCCUUGCACCUGUGCUCCCUCCGCGGGGGGCUGGUCUUCCUCAUGCAUGUCUGCAACCUGCUGCUGGUGGGGCAGAACACCGUCAUGAACAUCACCAUGGUGGCCAUGGUCAACAGCACGGCUCAGCACGCCCAGCUCAACAGCUCCCCCCAGGGGCCGCCGGCCGACUCAGCUGGGCGCUCUGGCAAAGCCCCAGAGGGUCUCCCUGCAGAGGCCCCCGUGUACAACUGGAGUCCGCAAACCCAAGGGCUCAUCUUCAGCUCCAUCAACUAUGGCCUGAUGCUGACGCAGGCGCCCAGCGGCUACCUGGCUGGAAGAGUGGGGUCCAAGUGGGUUGUCGCCGCUUCUUUGUUCGGAUCUUCACUGCUGGGCCUCUGCACACCUCUGGCUGCCGACCUCGGGCUCCCCUUCCUUGUGGGGGCUCGGAUCAUCCAGGGCCUAAUCCAGGGCUUAGGACUUGGGGGUCAGUUUGCACUUUGGACCAGAUGGAGCCCUCCACUUGAACAAAGCUGGUUCUGCAGCCUGUCUUUGUCAGGAGUGGUUCUGGGACCUUUCGUUGCCAUCCUCAUGGGCGGCCUCAUCAGUCAAGCCCUCGGGUGGCCUUCCGCCUUCUACGUCUUCGGAGGCGUGGGCUGCGCCUGGUGCCUUCUCUGGCUGGCGCUGGUUUACGACGACCCCAGCGCUCACCCCUGUAUAAGCGUCUCAGAAAAAGAAUACAUCGCCUCCUCCUUGGCCCAGCAGGUCCCCGUUUCCAGGCAGCCUCUCCCCAUCAAAGCGAUGCUCGGGUCGCGGCCGCUCUGGGCGCUGUGCGUGUGCUGCUUCAGCCACCAGUGGCUGAUCAACUUGCAGCUGGUGUACACGCCGACCUACAUCCGCUCCGUGUACGGCGUCAGCGUCAGGGACAACGGGGUCAUGUCCGCCCUGCCGUUCAUCACCGCCUGGGCCGUGGCCAUGCUGAGCAACAGCGUGCCUCCCGCCUUCCUGACCAGGAGGUGCAGGCUCCUCACCGUCAGGAGAGUGUCCACCAUCUUAGGGAACCUGCCCCCGGCGGUGCUCGUGGCGGCCCUGCCCUUCCUGGACGUCAGCUACAUCACCGCCGUGGCCGCCCUGAUGCUGUCCUGCGGGCUGAGCUCCCUGUGCCUCCUGGGGAUCUACGUCAACACCCUAGACAUCGCGCCCAGGUACUCCAGCUUCCUCAUGGGGUUCACCAGGGCCGUGGCCGCCGUCUCUGCCACCCUGGCGCCCAUCGCCUCGGGGCUGCUCCUCGACCAGGACCCCGACUCUGGGUGGAGGAACGUCUUCCUCCUGAUGCUCGCCAUCAACCUCCUCGGGCUGGCCACGUACGUGGUGUUUGGAGCAGUGGACGUCCAGGACUGGGCGGAAGAGGGGACGCACACCCGCCUGUGAGGGGGCACGGGGCCCUCGUUGCUCGUGGCUGGGGCGGCCUCGGGCUUCGAUGCCGCGUGGUGCCCUUCCUUGGUUCUUCGACCUCGGAGGGAGAGCUGUGGACCCUACUUCUUCCACAAGAAGCACCCGUAACAGAAACACCGACGAGACGAAUUUGGCUUGCCGUGACUCUUCAAAUGCAACAUGCUUUUUGUUUUAUUCAGACUUUUUUUUUUUUUUUGAGGAACAUGUAAGAUGGAUAAACAUUCAAAUAAAAGAUAGCCAAGAACA